AUGCAUAUCGAGAAAAAUGUUUGUGAAGCAAUUCUUGGGACACUUAUGAAUAUUCCGGGCAAGACAAAGGAUACCAAGGGAGUGCGAGAAUACUUUAAAAGUAAGGGGCUUCGUCCAGAGCUGUGGCCUCAGACUUCGGGAAAUAAUAGAACGAAGGAAAUGGAAACAGGGGGUGCCAAGACAAAAGGAAAAGGCAAAGGCAAAGGCAAAGGCAAAGGCAAAGAAAAGGGCAACGACAAAGGGAAGAAGAAAACCCAUUACUUGCCUCCGGCUUGUUACACAUUGUCCAAAUUAGAAAAGCGGUUAUUUUGUGAGUGCUUGUAUGGAAUUAAGGCUCCCUCGGGGUACUCAUCGAACAUGAAAAGAUUUGUGUCUUUAAAUGGCGAGUUGAAGUUGACAAGUAUGAAAUCUCACGAUUGUCAUGUCAUGAUGCAAACUUUCUUACCCAUAGCAAUUCGUGGGAUAUUGCCAAAGCAUGUGAGACAUAGUAUUACUAGUCUUUGUUCAUUUUUCAAUACGAUAUGUAGCAAAGUGCUUGAUCCGUCAACACUCGAUGAACUUCAGAACAAAGUAAUCCAAACAUUAUGCGAAUUUGAGAUGUAUUUUCCACCUUCGUUCUUUGACAUAAUGGUUCAUUUAAUUUGCCAUCUUGUUCGAGAAAUUAAGUUGUGCGGUCCAGUGUUCAUGAGGUGGUGUUAUCCUUUUGAGAGACACAUGGGUGUUUUACAAGAUAAAGUGAGGAAUCCUGCACAACCAGAAGGUAGUAUGAUUCAAGGCAACGUGGGUGAAGAAGUUGGAAAUUUUGUGGCCGAGUAUUUAGCAAAACCUGAACCGAUUGGACUUCCUACAUCUCGGCAUGAGGGAAGACUAGAAGGCAAUGGUACAAUUGGGUCAAAAUUGAUCUCACCUCCUACGCAUAAGCUAUUACAAGCUCACUUAUACGUGUUGCAUCAUAUUCUAGCCGUCCACCCAUAUUUGGUGAUGCAUAAGCAGGAAUUGGCUAAUGAAUACCCUUCCAAAGGGGAAAGAGAAUUGACGCAAUUGCAUAAUAGAGAGUUCAUUAAAUGGUUCCAAGAUAAGGUGAUGGGUGAACUAGAGGUAGCUGGUAAUACUGUUUGUGAAACUGUUCAGUAUCUAGCUCUUGGUCCUCGGGAAGCCGUGCAGUCAUAUCAGGGUUAUGAUGUCAAUGGAUACACAUUUUGGACUGAGCGCCAAGAUCAGAAGUCCUUGUCAGUGCAAAAUAGUGGUGUCUCCCUUGUGGCGUCAUCAAGAGAGUAUGCUAGUGCUAAGGAUGGAUCUCCGGUUGAUGCCAAGUUAUCUUACUACGGGCGAGUCCAAGAUAUAUGGGAGCUUAAGUACGGAACAAAAUUGACUGUUGGUCUGUUUUGGUGCAAGUGGGCUGAUAAUAAUAAGAGGUGUGUAAAAAGGGAUGACCCUUGUGGGUUCACUCUUGUAGACCUGGGUCGUUUGCGUGAGACUGAAGAGCCAUUUAUACUUGUAUCACAAGCUAAGCAAAUAUUUUAUAUAACCGACCCUGCCAAUAAGAAGUGGUCUAUUGUUGUACCGGGAAAGAGAAACAUCCUCGGUGUCGGUGAUGUUGAGGACGAGGACGAGUAUGAUGCUUUUGAUGAUACACCUCCAUUCACCAAUCCCGAAACUGAAGUGACAAACAAUGUGGAUAAUGACACAAAUUACAUGCGUUCAGAUCACACGGAAGGAAUACUUGUUGAUGACGAAAUCUAG